AAGGGAACCUGUGCCAUUUCAUUAUGGCGUAAUGCCAAAAGGAAAAGGAAGGAAAACAGCYAGCUCUGACAGCCAUGUGCGAAUUAGAGAUCAUUACAACAGUUUUUCGAGAAAAACAAGCUCUCUUUUGUUUUCCAUCGACUGCUCGCACAAUAAAAUCACUCAACUUAAAGAAUGACYGCCAUUCAAAGGGCAUAAGUUGCUGUUGAAAAAUUGCUUUUUAAUGCAAAUUGUGAAACAAAGGUCCAGCUUUGGCAACAAACAACACGACCUUGCGAUAUACAACUCGAAUAGCAUUAACCAAGAAGACGUGGUAAAAAAUGAGCUGAACGAAGCGUGGAUUGAUAAGGGCAUGUGCCGAGUACAUGUUAACGUUCAAAUACGGAGUGAGCCCACAAACGGAGUUUAGUCAGCGGCAUCUUAUAGUAUUCUUUCAAAGGGAAAUUAAUUUAUAAACAAGUCAAGCAAGUAUUUUACGCAAACAUCAUGGCACAGUGGAUAUCCCAAGCUUUGCUGUUAUUUUACCUAUUAUUAUGUUCAGUGGAAAUGGGAGAAAUUUCAAGUGGUAAGGUUGCCUGCCCUAAACAGUGUUCGUGCGACGAAAAUAUCUCAAAAAUCUUUUGCGGCUAUCAUGCCGAUGAAAGAUUUCAGCAGCUUYACCAUGUGCCWGAGAAUAUUCCAAUUAGAACAACAUUGUUAUCGAUACAUASCAAYAUCAUCGCCAAGAUUAAUGAGAAUUCUUUCCAGAAUUUAACGUCUUUGACGAAUCUGAACAUGAGACAGAAUCAUCUCGUGGCGUUACCAAACAGAGUAUUUCGUGACUUGGCUUCACUAAAGUCRCUCAAUUUAGCCGACAAUAAGAUAUCUUAUUUGCCUGAUAAUGCAUUUGAAGGUCUGUAUUCCUUAGAAGAGCUUUAUCUAAAUGGUAAUCAACUACGUACAAUUCCAGAGAAACUGUUCAGUGGUUUAAAGUCGCUGCGUCGUCUGGAUCUCCACAAAAACGCGUUACACGUUUUUCCUGACAAGGCUCUUCACGCUACAAUAAACCUAAAAGGACUGUGGUUGAAUGAUAAUAAGUUGACAAGUAUUGAAAUGAAUACGUUUAAAAACCUGAAGGAACUGGAAAUACUGUAUUUAAGUAACAAUUAUCUGAAUUCAUUGGAUCGUAAUAUUUUCAGCAAAAUAGCGUCUCUUMAAAUUCUCUUUGUUAAUCGAAACAACCUGACUGAUCUACCKCAUGGGAUAUUUAAUUCUCUACCAGAUGACGCAAAGGUCUCUCUUUUGAAUAAUCCUUUUGUUUGUGAUUGCAAGCUUCAGUGGCUCAAAACAUGGAUCAAUAAAAUGCGGUUUAUUUAUUCGCGCGACAACAUACGCUGUUCGUAUCCAUCYAAGCUUGCGGGACAAUCUAUAGUUUCCAUUCCAAGUGAAGAGUUUAUUUGCAGUAGAGGUCAAUGGAGCUCGUGGAGUGUCUGGAGUACGUGUUCCAAAACAUGUGGGCACGGUGAAAGGGUUUCRGUACGAACAUGUGUCACUACCGUGGAGGGGAAGGGUAGGGCUAAAUGUCCCGGCAGUGUCGUCAAACGGGGAACAUGCAUUGACAGACAGUGUCCUAUUGACGGAGGGUGGACUGAUUGGUCUACUUGGACAAAAUGUAGYAGGACGUGUUCGUCGGGAAGAAAAACACGAUAUAGAACCUGYAGCAAUCCUGCSCCCCAGUCAGGGGGGAGAAAUUGUGCUGGAAGUAYUCGUGAAAGUAAAAAGUGUAAACKUCCGCGUUGUCCAGUWAAAAAGAACUGGACAGUGUGGUCUGCUUGGUCUGACUGUAGCGUUACGUGUGCUUUUGGAAGACGAACACGGACAAGACUGUGUUUGGAUGUUAAAAGUUGCAAAGGGAAUCCUACGGAAUCAACGUCGUGUUAUUUAGGGGCUUGUCCUGUCAAUGGUGGCUGGUCUUUCUGGUCUUCCUGGACAAUAUGUAGUGCAACUUGUUCUAAAGGAGUGAGAAGUCGCACGAGGACUUGUAAUAAUCCGAUACCAAGAUAUGGAGGCUUGYUAUGCGAAGGUAAUUCUACUGAAGUACAGGCRUGCGCAUUAAUCUCAUGCCCUGUGAAUGGUGGCUGGUCGUCAUGGUCACAAUGGAGUACUUGCAGUAAAACGUGCUCAAAUGGGAUAAGAUUAAGAAAUAGAACGUGUACUAAUCCAAUCCCAAAGUACGGAGGAGAGAAUUGUUCGGGAAAUUCUUUUUUGCAGGAGCCUUGCUUUAGCAGGCCUUGUUCUAAGUGGAGUCAGUGGUCUAAAUGGACUGCGUGUAGUGUUUCUUGUGGAAAUGGUACACAAAUAAGAACUAGGUCCUGCUCUUAUAACGAUUGUUUGGGCCAAAAUAACCAAUCACGGCCGUGUAUUAAGAAUUCUUGUCCUAUUCAUGGUGGGUGGACCUUAUGGUCACCUUGGCUUCCUUGUAGCAAAUCUUGUUCAAAUGGAACUACAACUCGAUUUAGAAACUGCAGUGAGCCUACCCCACAACACGGCGGUAAAUUCUGUACAGGAAAAUCAGAAGAAAUCGAACCAUGUAUUUUAACAUUAUGUGAAGGACUGUGGUCRGUUUGGUCACAAUGGAGUGAAUGUAGUACUUCUUGCUCUAGAGGCAYGAGACAUAGACAUCGUAAUUGCACAACCGCARGUCUACAAUACCAUAAGCARUGUAAAGGAAUUUCAUCUCAUGUGGAAGAAUGUCGUUUGCGUGAGUGCCCUACUGAUGGGGCGUGGUCGUUAUGGGGUUCUUGGACUCCUUGUAGCAARACUUGCUCAAAUGGGACAAAAUCAAGAAACAGAACUUGCACAAAUCCRAAGSCUUCUCAUGGCGRUAAGCAGUGYCAGGGAGUCAGUACUGAAUCAAGUWUAUGUAUUUUGAAUGAUUGUAUUCUGUACCAAUGGAGUGUAUGGUCAGCAUGGUCUAAUUGCAGCGGUACGUGUGAUAGGAGUUUCAGGACUAGAAAUCGUGCWUGCACAGAAAAUARYAAACUUGUAAAUAAUUCGUUUUGCUCUGGAAAUAGUUCGCAGCAUAUAUCUUGUAACUUAACAUCAUGUGUUGUUAUUCCUUCCUGGAAUUCCUGGUCAAGUUGGACACCGUGCUCUGCUUCWUGUGGUCUUGGAAGGCAAGAUCGAUCGCGGAAUUGUUCCGCGUCGUCAUUAGACAAUAACCAAAAUCAGUGYRCAGRUGCGCGUGUAGAGUCACGCUCUUGUUAUAUGAUGGAUUGCGUGACACCACAAGGCUGGUCUAGCUGGAGUAACUGGACGAAGUGCUCUAGCACAUGUGGAUAUGGUGUUCAAGUAAGAUCACGUUUUUGUCGWGGAGUUAAAGAGUGCAGAGGAGAAAAUCUGAUGGUAAGGAGUUGUCUAUUAAAAACAUGUGAUAUUUUACGGUCUAACCAAAUAAGCUCGUUGCCAUGGACACAAUGGACGAAGUGCUCAGCCACUUGUGGCCGAGGUCACCAAAUGAAAUGGAGAUUUUGUUUUAUUCCAAAUUCAAACUCGUCUAAGUGUUCCGCCGCAACUCCAUUUGAAUCUUAUACACGUAUAUGUAUGAUCAAACCUUGUAACUAUAGCUCUGUCUGGACAACCUGGACUAAAUGGGAAGGUUGCACAAGGUCUUGUCAUGCAGGUCGUGUUAGGAAAAGGGUUCGGUACUGUCUUAGUAAAGCUGUAGGUAUCAAGUGUAAAGGAAAAGCAGUAGACAUAAGACCUUGUAACAAAUCCGACUGUCAAGCUACAAAGCCACCAGCAACUUAUCCUCCACUAGUAGAACUUGGUUCUCCUAUUCCUUGUCCAGAUCCWGGCACACCUCGGAAUGGAAACCGUAAGUUUAUAGACCAAAUACAAUAYGGGUCGUAUUACGUYGCAUAUUCUUGUAACAAUCAUUUUAGUAUUCAUGGACCAAAGUUAAGACACUGCGAGACUAACAAYCAGUGGUCMGAUAUACUYCCWGAAUGCCGGCCAAUUUGUGGUAAGUCCUCCAAUGUCUUCGCUCAUAGACGACUWAGAAUUGUCGGAGGAGGGCCGACCAUGCCUGGGGCGUGGCCUUGGCAGGUUGCAUUGGAAUUUGACACUUUUCAACCUGAAUUUAAYAGCUUUCACUGCGGUGGUACUUUGAUUGCUGAAAACUGGGUCGUUACCGCGGCGCACUGUGUCGUCUAUAAAGAUAGUAAGAUACCUUAUCAUGGAGUACGCGUAUAUCUCGGAGUGCAUGACAUCACAAGGAGACAUUGGGAUCAAAACGUCCAGAUCGUACCAAGCGCACAAAUUAUAGCUCAUCCUAAAUUUAACUGGAAAACCUACGACUCCGACAUUGCGGUUAUCAGACUUCGGUGGAGAGUAAACAUCACCGACUUUGUAAAACCGAUUUGUCUUCCUAAUGGGUUUCAAAGACGAAGUAUGAAGCCUGGAAAAAAGGGCACGAUGUUAGGUUGGGGAACUACUGAGUCAAGAAAGCCCGCUACCAAGCUGCGCGAAGUAAUGCUGCCGAUAGUCGAUCAUAAAGCCUGUAAAAAGGCCUACGAGAAUGAAACAUGGCCGGUUACUUCGAAUAUGCUUUGCGCUGGAUAUAAACUGCAAUCGAAAGACUCUUGYAAUCGAGAUAGUGGUGGUGGAUUUACAGUUUUUGAUCAAAGGGCCAGGAAGAGACGGUGGUUCYUAGCUGGUAUAAUCAGCUGGGGCAAUCCAAAAUGUGGAAUACCAGGAAAAUAUAGUGUAUUUACCAAAAUGACACACGCUUUUGUUAGAUGGAUACGACAUCAGAUGAACAAGUUUAAACAUAAAGAACAAGCUUAAACAAUAAGAAUAUUACGACAUAUUAUAUAA